GGUUCGGCGCUGACUCCGCCGCACGCUGCAGCCGCGGCUGGAAGAUGGCGGGGAACGACUGCGGCGCGCUGCUGGACGAAGAGCUCUCCUCCUUCUUCCUCAACUAUCUCGCCGACACGCAGGGUGGGGUGUCCGGGGAGGAGCAACUCUGCGCCGACUUUCCAGAGCUUGACCUCUCCCAGCUGGACACCAGCGACUUCGACUCGGCCACCUGCUUUGAGGAGCUGCAGUGGUGCCCCGAGGGCUCCGAUACUGAGCCCAGCCAGUACAGCCCCGAUGACUCGGAGCUCUUUCAGAUCAUCGACAGUGAGAAUGAGGCUCUCCUGGCAGCGCUCUCCAAGACCCUGGAUGACAUCCCUGAAGAUGAUGUGGGUCUGGCUGCCUUCCCAGCCCUGGACGGUGGAGAAGCACCAUCUUGCACUUCAGUUUCACCUGUCCCCUCCUCUGCGCCCCCCAGCCCCUCCCUGGAGAGCCCUCUGGCUCCUGCCCCUGAGGGGGACGAGCUCUCACUGCUGCAGAAGCUCCUGCUCGCCACUUCCUACCCAGCAUCAAGCUCUGAAACCCAGAAGGAAGGGACACCCUGGCGCCGGGCUGGCCUCAGGUCCAAAAGUCAGCGGCCUUGUGUCAAGAUGGACAGCAUCCAGGAGAAGAAGGCCCCCGUGAUGCAGUCUCAGAGCCGGAGCUGUACAGAACUGCACAAGCACCUCACCUCGGUGCCAUCCUGCCUCCAGGCUAAAGCCCGCUCCCCAGAGAGGGGCCUGCAGUCGACAGCCCCCCUGAGUCCUCGGCUCCCUGCCAAGGACAAUGAGGAGCCAGUAAAGGACUGCUCAAGCCCCCAGCCAGCUCCAUCCUCUCCCCAGGACUCCCCAGCACCCGGCAGGGCAGGCCCCAGUGCCCAGGUUUCCCCGGAGGACAUGCAGGCGAUGGUGCAGCUUAUUCACUACAUGCACACCUACUGCCUCCCCCAGAGGAAGCGGCUCCCACAGGCCCCAGAGCCUGCCCCUCAGCCCUGCAGCCACCCCUCCAAGCAGGUCCAACCCUGGGCCCGGUCUCAGCACCCUGCCAGAGCUGCCUGGGCUGAGUUUUCCAUUCUGAGGGAACUUCUGGCUCAAGAUGUCCUCUGUGAUGUCAGCAAACCCUACCGCCUGGCCACGCCUGUCUACGCCUCCCUCAGGCCCCAGCACAGGCCCAAGGACAGCCAGGCCUCCCCUGGUCUCCUGUCCCCCGCGGAGGAGGUGAGGAUCUCGGCUUCACCCCGGAGCACCGGGCCUGGUCCCAGCCUGCGCCCUCUGCGGCUGGGGGUGAAAGGUCAUGUCAGCCGGUUGGCCAGGCAGAAGCAAGAGGAGGAGGAGGAGGAAGAAAAGGAAGAGGAGGAGGAAGACGAGUGGGGCUGGAAAAGGCCGGGCCGAGGUUUGCCGUGGACCAAGCUGGGAAAGAAGCUGGAGAGCUCCGUGUGCCCUGUGCGGCGUUCCAGGAGACUGAACCCUGAGCUGGGCCCCUGGCUGACCUUCACCGAUGAGUCCCUGGUCCCCUCAGAGCCCCAGGGAGCUCUGUCCUCACCGCAUCUGGCUCCGGACGCCUACGACACAGGGCGGGAGCUGGGCGGCCCCAGGAGCGAGGAUGGUAGCCAGGACCGGCAGCAGCUCCAGGGACCCCAGGUCCCGGCUCUGGAGAGCCCCUGUGAGGGUGGGUGUGGGGACACAGACGAGGACCCCAGCUGCCUGCGGCCCCCUGCCAGAGACUCUCCCAGGUGCCUCAUGCUGACCUUGUCACAAAGUGACCCUCCUUUUGGCAAGAAGAGCUUUGAGCAGACCUUGACGGUGGAACUCUGUGGCACGGCAGGACUCACCCCACCCACCACGCCUCCAUACAAGCCCACAGAGGAGGACCCCUUCAAGCCCGACAUCAAGCACAGCCCGGGCAAAGACAUAGCCCCCAGCCUCCCCACCCCAAAGAGCCUCCAGCUUGGGGAUGCCACAGGGGUGGCCCACAAGCUGCCAAAGAAGACCCCAGAGCGGAGUGAGCUCCUGUCCCACCUGCGUCAUGCCGCAGCUCAGCCAGCCUCCCAGGCUGGCCAGAAGCGCCCCUUCUCAUGUUCCUUUGGAGACCACGACUACUGCCAGGUGCUCAAGCCAGAGGGUGCCCUGCAGAGGAAGGUGCUGAGGUCCUGGGAGCCAGCUGGGGUCCACCUUGAGGACUGGUCGCAAGGUGCCCCGCAGGCCGAGGCACAGGCCUCGGGCAGGGAGGAAAACAGCAGCUGUGGGGCACGUGUACCCCUCAAGGACGGUCUGCUGCUGAGAGACCAUGAGAUCCGCGCCAGCCUCACCAAGCACUUUGGGCUCCUUGAGACAGCCCUGGAGGAUGAAGACCUGGCCUCCUGCAAGAGCCCCGAAUAUGACACUGUCUUUGAGGACAGCAGCAGCAGCAGUGGCGAGAGCAGCUUCCUCCUGGAGGAGGAGGAGGAGGAGGACAAUGAUGAGGACUCGGGGGUCAGCCCCUCUCGCUCUGACCACUGCCCCUACCAGAGCCCGCCAAGCAAGGCCAGUCGGCAGCUCUGUUCCCGCAGCCGCUCCAGCUCUGGCUCCUCAUCCGGCCGCUCCUGGUCACCAGCCAUCUGCCGGACGUUCAGAUGUGAGAGCAGAGGGCCGUGUUCAGACGGAACGCCAAGCGUCCGGCAUGCCAGGAAGCAGCGGGAAAGAGCUAUUGGCGAAGGCCGAGUGGUAUAUGUUCAGAAUCUCUCCAGCGACAUGAGCUCCCGCGAGCUGAAGAGGCGCUUCGAGGUGUUUGGCGAUAUUGUGGAGUGCCAGGUGCUGACAAGAAGCAAAAGGGGCGAGAAGCACGGCUUCAUCACCUACCGGUGUCCGGAGCAUGCCGCCCUCUCUCUGAAGAACGGCGCCACCCUACGGAAGCACGACGAGCCCUCGUUCCAGCUGAGCUACGGGGGACUCCGGCGCUUCUGCUGGCCCAGAUUCCAACUCAGAAGAAGCCCUUCCUGCAUCAGUGAAAAACAAGUACGAAGCCAUGGAUUUCGACAGCUUGCUGAAGGAGGCCCAGCAGAGCCUACACUGAUAACAGCCUUAACCUUCGAGGAAUACCUCAAUACCUCAGACAAGGCCCUUUCAAUAUGUUUACGUUUUCAAAGGAAAUAAGUAUAUGAGAAGGAGAGAGAGCGAGCGUGUGAGAAAACAUACAUGAGAGAGAGAGAGAGACUUGAAACUGCUGUCCUUUUAAAAAAAAUCAAUGUUUACAUUGAACAAAGCUGCUUCUGUCCGUGAGUUUCCAUGGUGUUGACGUUCCACUGCCACACUAGUGUCCUCGCUUCCGACAGGUUGUCCCAGGUGCGUGUCCAAGUGCCGGGUCAGUCACCCACCUCCCCGUCUUCCCAACCGACUUCCCCUCGUAGACGUGCAGCUGUGUUCGCCAUAACAUUUCUUGUCUAUAGUGUGUGAUGAUGAAAUUGUUACUUGUGAAUAGGAUCAGGAUUAUAAACUCAUUUUUAAUUGAAGAAAAACAAAGUAUAUCCUUAAAAUAAUGUAUUUAUGGCUCAGAUAUACUGUGCCUGGGGUUAUUGUAUUGCUUCCUUGAUUUCUAACUAUGCACUGUGUGAGGUGUUUGCCACUGAGCUGCUCUGCUCCCUUCGCCGGAACGUCCCCGGAGGCACCGCACUGCCUCGAAGUGCGACCCGCAGCCGCGGCGAGGGGCAGGGCACAGGUGUUUCUGGGCCUGUGCUGCCAAUUCCCUCCCCAUCUCUCAUCAAACGAGUUUGGGUCCAGUUACAUUCAGAGCCUUCAUCUGGUGCCCAGCUCACACUUAAGAGUUUCUGCCUGGCCCUGGGUCUUCGGAUCCUCCGAAGGAAGGCAGGCAGGCAGUUCCUCGGGACUGAACCGACUUCCCCAAGGUCCCGUAGCCCGUUGGUGAGUAGGCAGAGCAGUGGCCCAGCCGGGCCUCCUGAUUCUGGUCUUGCACUCCUGCAGCAGCUUGGGUGAAGACACAGAGUUUCAGAGCUGGUAGAGGUGAGUUCAGCUAAAUCGGUCCACAAACUAGAAACCUACAGGCUCAUCGUGGGGGUCAAGUAAACAGCUGAUUUGCCAGGAUUAGGUGAGGUCAAGCUCUGGCACACAUUUCCAUCUGAGGGGCCCUGUGGUUUGCCUACACCUGUAGACAUGACAUCAGAACUUCACUGACACACCUGGAGUGUCAGGGACAGGUGAUUUGGGAGCAGUCGUCCUUUCUGGGCCAGUCACCAACUUAUCUUACUCCCUUCAGCUUGUCUUUCCUUUUCCUAGGCUGUAAAGUUGUUCGGGUGGCAGGGGACGGAGAAGCAGAAAGAGGGUGUGAGGGUUGGGGACCGAUAAAGCAAUCUCCGAUCUCCUUUUCAACUUAGAAAGCAUUCUUAUUGGAGUUUACUUUAAAAUGUGUGUGCUUGAGUGAUGUCAAAGCCGUGUCCCACUUGGGUGACCCUCAGGUGCCUUGGGGGCCAUCCUGAGGGAGCGCGUGGCCAGGCAGGCUGUGAGCACAUGGCCUUCUGCUCCAGCAAGAGCAGCUCCAGCUGGAUCACUUCCAGAAGCCAGCGCUCCUUGGUAAAUGUUCGUAUUUUAAAAAGCAAAGGAAAGGAGUCCUGCUGCUUUAACAAAAUUUGAAACUGUAAACUGAACAAGCUAAGUUAACCUAUCUAAUGCCAGGCUUAGUCCUUUGAGAAUCGAUAGUUGAUUUAAAAAAAAGAUUUUUCAAAUACCUCAGUAGGUAAACUGAGCCAGCUGAUGAGCUUGUCCUAGGUGGUAAGGAAACUCCAAGCCUGCAGAGAAGGCUGGAGGAGAGAGGGGGGACUUGAGGGGAAUUGGACAAGUUGAUCUCCAUAGUCCCUGCCAGUCUUAGCUUCUGCUGAGGCGGUUCUAGCUCAGGAUGGCCAAUACACAGCCUGAGCACCACUGUAGCCACACCCUUGACCAGUGGCAGAGGUAACUAAUCAACCACAGCACUCAGGUUCUUUGAGCCUGAUCUGCUAUUAGAAUCCUCAUCACAAUGCUCUGGGCAGACAUUACUAAUUGAUCAGAGGUUAACCUAUUUGACGUCUUGGUCUAAUCUAAAAGUUUCCAUCACACAUUAAAUAUGGUGACGGGGUUUCAUGCUGGCCCAUUCCUGUCUGUCACAUCCUGACCUAUGAGAGAAAAUUUCUCUAAAGCCAUUCAGUGGCACAGGACUCCCCAUAUUACUGUGACACACAGCCCAUUAGGGGUGGGGGUGGAGAAUGGAAUAGAGGACAUGAAGAUGUUUGGGGGAGGCAGGGUGUAUGAGAUGGACCAAACAAGGGACUUCCCACAGCACAGACCCAAACAUUCUAAAUUCUUUUUAUAGCUGUUCACUGCCUAGCACACAGUAGGCACACAAUAAAUGGUUAUGGAAUGGAAUUUAAAUCCAUCUGCUGCCUCCCCGAGUCCUUGUUUGCACCGAGGAGUAACGGAUUUCACCCUGUGGGAGCCGGUAGGAAAGAACUCUAGAUUUAGAAUUGGACUAGAUCUUCUCUAAGCCCUCCCACUGGCUUCUUCCUCAGUGGGACUAGGCCAGAGGUUCUACCGUGGGCAAGUGGUCCUUUAGGUAAAAAAGUGCAGGUUUUUAGGGAGGGACAAGCCUCUCCCAUCUUUCGGAUCAGCUGAAGCUGUCCUUUCACUUCAGAUCAAUACAGGGCUCUUGAAGUUACUUAAACUUGGCCCUUGAGCAGAGCAGGGAUCGAGCACAGCCAUGGGACGCAAUGGGCCUAAGGUCAGAGCUGGGGCUGCUGGUGGGAGAGGGAUGCUGCGGAGGACAGCCGGCAGUUUCCACUCGGUGUCCUGUACGGAAAAGGCUGCGGGUUCUAGAGCUGACCAGCCCUGCAGACCACCUCUGUCCAGAAGACUCUUUCGGUGCUGUGUAUUACUUACCAAGGAGACUCCAAGGUCUCUCCAGGAAAACUAGUCAACCUUGGUCUCUUGCCCACCAACUUAAGGAGUAAUCCAGAGGGAGCAGCUGCCAUUGGCAACCAUCUCAUCGUAGCUCUGUCCUAGUGUUUGCUCUCAAUGAUGUUUACAUGUGAAUGCCAUAAAGCUUACUGCAGACUCUGUCAGUGGCCGCCCACACAGGGCAGGUUGCACUGUCCAUCUCUGUGCUGUGCUGGUGUUUUCCAAAAAUAUCUGAUCCAACCGCUAAGUGGAAUUCUUCCAGCUCCUUCCUCAGUCCAUGCAAGGUUGAAUCAGAAUCCUCACUCUCGGGGGCUCUGGUUACCGAAGGAAAAUGCAUCAAAAAGGUCAAAGAUACGAGUGGAUGGAGUGUAGCUAAGGCCCCCAACCCCGACCCCUCCACACCUUGUCCCCCAAAUCAGAAAACUGCUUGGAGUCAAAAGCACCGUUUGGGCGGCCAGGUCUACUGUGUGAUCUGGCCGUGUAGCAUGUAGGGCGAGCUCAGGAGAGAGGCGGGGCUUCCGAGGACUGGAGAGUGGGGGCGGGAGGAAUGCUCUGAGCUCAAAGACUCACUCAGUACCUAAGUCCCAACAUGGAAAAGGAUGAUGCAGUGAGAAACUCUGAAGCCCAUGCUUGUUGAUGUUCUGAGAGUGAUUUCUAGGUGUAUGCCAUCUGCAUGUCCGGGCCACUGCAUGGGUGGGGCAUAGGUGGGGGCCAAAAAGACUGAGAUUCUUAUGUCUGGGCAGGUAGGUCAGAGCCCCAUCCCAGGCCUCAGUUUCAGUUGAAAUCACAGGUGAGCCUGCAGCGUGAGGGACAGGUCGUACCAACUAUGAAGCAGAAGCCGCCCUAGAGGGAUUUGUUGAUCUGACUUGACAUCAAAACUGCAGUAAUUUUCUUAGCAUUUGAGAUUUAGCAGUCACCCUCGGAUAUGAUCAAGGAUGCACAGUAGCAAAUAAAGUGAACCUAGUAGUUCCAUUGGCCAAAGAAAAGGAGCCCCUCACCACUUCCCGUGGGGGCAGAAAGGAAAUCGCUUAGUACUGAUGUGCAAUAUGUUUAAGCUGGUCCCCAAGUCCCCAAGGCAUUUGCACACACAGACAGGCUCCAGGGCUGUCUGCCAAACCGGAGCUACAGGGUAAAUGGAGGGAGAACUUGGGAGCUGGGAAGCCCAUGAGCACAGAGAUGCCCUUGGCCCGAAACAGGUAGUGGGGGCAGAGGAAGGGCCCUUGGGAGCCUGCUGCAUGACAGACACCCAGGAAGCAGGCACAGGCUGACUUAGCAUUGAACCAAUAAAAGCGCUUUGAGAAAACCACAACACUUCAGCCUGCCUCCAUGUGACUACACUGGGUCUCCUGUGGCUGUGUGAGCUGCUCCCCUAGGGCCUGGGACAGAGAGUCAGGGAGGGGCUGGUGCGAGGGGGGAGGGCGCCAAGGACCUUCCGAGACAGCAGCAGCCCUAGAGCCCGUCCUAGGGCUAAGCCCUUUGCUGGCCUCUGUUGGAGGCUCUAGAAAUGGAACCAUGAGUUUAGAUCUUGCUACCUUUUUUUUUUUAAUAAAAAAUUAAAACAGCCCAGCCAAUCGAAAUGGAUUUGCACACCAAGUCAUUUAAUGAUAAGCCAUCUCGGAGUGAGAAAGCCGAUGUUUUUUCCCCUGCUAUGUGGCCCUGGGCCUGUAUUUCCUCAUCCAGCAAAGGAGAAUGUUGGUUGGACAGGAUGAAUACUCCAGUCCCCUUCUUCUCUGAUAGGCUCAGAUUCCCUUCUCUGGCCACACCCAGCUCACGUUCAGGGUGAAGUGCUCUGCAAGGUGAACCAACCAGCAGCAGGUUCAAACCCACAUGGUCCUGGCAGAGCAACCUUACACCAGAAGGCUAACUCCCCAGGACAGGUCUAAGCCAUAGUUUCUACUGGGGAUGGUGGGAAUCCAACCCCAGCUUGGCUAGGUGGCGAUGUCCAGUCUCGCAUUAGCCUUGUCGUCACCCCACCAAACAGCUACUGUAUUAACCUGAAUGUUCUGACCACUUGGCUGUUUGUCUCUUGCUCUCAGACAAUACUAGCAAUACUCUGUUUUUCUCAAAACAGCUUACCUUAGGCACUUUUUACACAUUUCAUUUAAACGAUUGUAAAAAGGGGCAACAGGAGGCCUCCAUCGAUUGCACUGCGUAUGAUUAGGGCAGCUUUUGUUCUUUGUUUCUUUAACAGUAUGCCACCGGUAUGCCGCAGUGACUGAAGCUUCUUUGUUAUCAAUAGGGGGACAGAUUUUCAGAGACUCUUUCAUCAGAAUCCCUUGCACAUCAAGAAGCAGCUCAGAAACCCAGCUGCCCGAAUUGGGGGCUUGGAAAAAUACGGUUUUGCAGGUGGUCCCUGGGCUCUGCAACAGCACCUCCCGGAGGUGCUUAUGUAGCUAGAAUCUCCUCUGUGCUGUAUGUUUUGUUAAAGGAUCCUUCAAGGAAGCAUAAUAAAGCCUCCUUUUCCACUUUGCUGGCCUUGCUCUGGGUGACUUGAAGGGAUUGGUUCGCUUCCACUUCAGCACUUUGCCUUAUCAACGUCUAGUCGCCAUCUAGUGGCCAAAGACUGUAUCCACCAGCUACCCAGAUGAAAGGCAAGUAAAUCCUUUCCACCACCUUGCUGUCCCACACCCGCUUUGGGAAUGAAAUGUAAUGUUGCAAGUGAACUGUCUGUAAUAUUUAGAGCCCAGUGAACACUGCUCGGGAGAAUUAAGAAGCAACCGUGCAGAUGCACACAGACUGAGAAGCGCACCAGCUCUCCUGUGGGCAGAGGAGAUAGGAGUGGACCCUGUGUCCAGAUGCCCUGGAGGGGUUUACUGAAACUGCAAUACUGGCAGCCAAGCUGCUGACCCUCUUAAGUGAACCUCUGCUGGGUGGGCCGCACUGCACCCUCGGGACAAGCAAGUGGGCUGGGUGUCAGGAUGCUGUGUGGGGACAGGCCAUGGCUUUUGAUGGGGUCCACCAAAAUAGCCAAACAGGUUAUAUAUGUUUUUGUUGUUUGUUUGUUUUUGUUUCUAUAUUUUGUAUAUUAAAAUCUUGUCAAGUGUUUUUGUGUUAGGAAUAAAAAGUCAUAAACUACUCCCAACUUUGUUUCUUGAGGGAUGUUCUGAUUCCAACGGAAACAGGUUGGAAAUCUCCAGGGGGUGAGAGUGGUCAGUAAAGCAGGGAAGCGGACCACUCGGAUUUCCAGAUGGUUUCUGGGGAAGGUAACCACCCCGAAGUCCGGCUCGGUGUGGUCCGCUCUGGGAAUUCACACCCACCCCCUUCACCUCCUGUGCCAUGGUAUCAGCAUUGGCUUUCAGCAUCCGCUUCUUCCAGAGCAGCUGCUGGUGGUGACACCAACAUAAGAUCUCUCUCCCCAGCCCCAGGUUUCUAAAGAGACAGUAUUGGUAGUUAGCCUUAAUUGACUGUGCAAGGUGGUCCCUCUGGUCCCUCCCAGCAUUUCCAAAUCUUGACUCGAAUUAUUUUCUCUCCAUGUGACCGUGCAGCCUAGAGAAUUCUGAACGGUAGGAAGCCGGGCUUUCCCUGGCGCUUGACAGGGUCACACCAGGGAAUGGCUAGCCUUGUGAGGUCUGGGCAUCCCCAGGGUACUCCAUAGGGGGCAUUUAUUCGGAAACUCAACGAGAUAACUAUAGCCUGGGAUGUGUGAGUGCAAGGCUGUGUGUGUGUGUGUGUGUGUGCGUGCAUGCACCCGCAUGCCUGUUUGUCUGCGUGUGUAUGGAAUUGCAUUGAUGCAUUUCUUGAGAAAGGUGCAAGAAUUUCACCUACACAGAGGGACACAUUGCUUUGUUAUUUAUAAUAGAAAGCUAAAUUUUAAUUUUUUAAAGGACACUGCUGAUGAUUGGAAAUCGAGUUUUUAGUUUUGCUAUUUUUUUUAAUUGGUAGAGGAUUUUUAUAUUUUUUCCAUUUUGUUGGGUUGUGUCCUUAUUUAUAUAAAUGCUUUAUCUGUGAGAGGCAAGGAAGAACCCUUCUUUGCUUUUAAUUAUUGUGGUUGUCAUUGUCCCUAUUUUAUUUCUGCUGUGAUUUAUCUGUCUUACCUUCUAAAUAAGAAAAUGUUUUCCUGUAUUUGUACAUUGUCAGAUUCUAUAGUUUCAUAGAUAAUUUAACCAAAUUGCUCUAUGUAUUAUUAUCCUGUGAGUAUAAAGUUCUAUUUUAACCUCUGUAAA